CUCCCAUAAGGAAUCUGACACUCAGUUGAACAGUAACACCCUUAUUGGAUGCUUUCAGUUCUAUGGAUCAAUGCACUUUUGAAUCUGGACUUUGCCCCUGUCUUUUAUGACGAAGUCUUGGUAGUAUUUGUUCAGAGUUCCGCAAUAUAAACCCCAGGCCUGGAAUAUGAACGGUAUCUGGAGAAGAGAGAAAUAGAUUUAUCCAUAAAUAACACAGAAAAUACAUUGCCGGACACAACAGGUGUGUGACCCAGGGGUUCCAGGAUGUACAGUCCCUAUGGCUUGGACUCUAGCAGUUACGCAGGAUCUGUCCAGUCCGUCCAGUCCAAUGGUAAUUCAGUGGAUGAUCGGUUAUCACAGAUAUCAAAUUUGUCCAGACCAAGUGCCAAGUCAAUAUACAUGCAGAGGAAGGAGUAUGCGGACUCUAUCACCAAGAUGAUGAACAAAUUCCAGUACAGAGUAGAGCAUCUGUUCACCUGUGACCUGGAUGGUAGGGAGGUGCGUGAUGUGAACGACUGUGUUGAGAGGCUAAAGCUGCUGGAUGGGAUGGGCCGGGUCUGGGGGCAGGACAUGGUCCUGGAGGUGCGGGAUGGGAACCUGCUGCUAACAGACAUCGAGACUAAGGAGGAGCUGGAGUCCCUGGCUCUGAGCAGCAUCAUGGAGCUAAAGGCUGUGAUGGACAGCUGUGUGUACAACUCCCUGCUGACUGCGACCGUCAAGGACCACAGCAAGAGGACCACCAGUGUCUUCAUUUUCCAGUGUGAGGACCUCAGGGCCGAUUUCAUAAAACGGGACCUAGAGAGAGUGCUCCCUCACCAGAGAGAUGACGUUAACAAUCACAGCAACAACAGCAGGAGCAAUCUGGAAGUUAUGGCUGGCCAUCAAAUUGUUAGGAAUCUUCAGAAUGCUGACCCACCAACUGAGCAGAGAGAAUGGACUCCUCCCGAAGAUCCCUCAGCUCAAUGGAGCGCUCCGGACUAUGAUGAAGAUCCUACACCUGUACCUACGCCUACACCGGCCACGCCCAGAGAAGAGCCCCCCCCUCCCAGGAAGGAAACCCCAGUUCAACACCUCUUUAUGGAGGAGGAGCCUGAGCCUGAGCCUGAGCCAGCCCUUGUCUCUCCUCCACGCCCAUACACAGAGACUAAUAGGAAUGUGGACAUCGUGAAUCAUAUUUUCAAUGACAUUGAGAUCUUUAUGGGCCAAGUCGCUGCUGCAGCAUCCAAAGCCGAGAAGAAGAAAAAGAGAAAGAAGAAGAAUAAGGAUAAAGGCAUUAAAGGCAUGCCACCAGCAGAGGAAUUUGAAACCUGUCUCCAGAAAAUCAAAUGCGGGUUCAACCUUCUGGGGGAGCUCAAUGGAAAGAUUAGUCAUCCCAGUGCUCCGGAAUUUGUCCACUGCCUCUUCUCCACCCUGGCAUUUGUGGUGUCCCACAGCCCUGAGGAGCUGCCCCCCACCAUCGUGGCGCCCCUGCUGAAGCCUGAGUGUAUCCGUCUGCUGAGUGAGGAGGCCACUCCUGAGGAGGACCAGCUGUGGCAGUCGCUGGGAGACGCCUGGAACGUCCCCAGUACAAAAUGGCUAGAGGAUGAUGAGGACAUCCCUACCUACACUCUGGAGUUCUAUGAUGGUUGGCAGCCCCUGGAGUUGACCCACUCUCUCCCAGGGAGAGAGCCUGAGAGAAGGCAGCCAAGUCAGAAACAGAGUCAGAGUCCGCGCUCCACCCCUGAAAAGAGGUUGGCCCCAUUCAAGCCUCCACCAUCACGUCCAGAUGAGCCAGAUCCCAGUUACAUGCGUGUGAUGUAUGACUUCACGGCAAGGAACAACAGAGAGCUGAGCAUCUCCAAGGGAGAGGUGGUUCAGCUACUGGACAUGUCAAAGAAAUGGUGGCGAGUAAGGAGCAACAGAGGAGAGGAGGGCUUCAUACCCAACAAUGUACUGGAGUCACAGGACAAGGAGCAGGAAAAGCAGGAAACCAGUGGUCCUCCCUCCCUAACCAAGAGGUCCAAGCCUGACCAAGUGAAGGCCUGGCUGGAGUAUAAGGGCUUCAGUAAAAUCACGGUGCGCUGUCUGGGUGUGCUGAGUGGCUCUAUGCUCCUGGGGAUGACGAGAGAAGAGCUGAAGAUAGUGUGUCCUGAGGAGGGGGGGCGGGUCUUCUUCCAGCUCCAGAACAUCAAGUCUGCCAUGGCUCUUGCCAGUGAGGUAAGGUCCAUAGAGCCUUAGGAGGGGAGGAGACGGGUCGGACCAGAGAGUCACAAAUGUGUCGGGACUUUUAAGUUUUAUCCCUUUUCGCUGUGCAAUAGAAAAAUUCUGAUUAUAACUACUGAAAACACUGAGUAAGCUGAGUUUAUUUAAAAGUAUGUAGCGUGGAAGUCUCAAAACUCUAUAUUUUUUUGUUCCAUUUAAUCCGAUAUUUAAAGAAAGAGUCUCUAUAUACAUAUAUAUAUAUUCUGUGUCAGUUGUUAACUUCAGUACCAUAUUUAACCAUAUGUAUUCUAUAAAACCAGUGUUGAUGCCACUUGAUUCUAUGAUUGAUCUUGAGGAUUUUAUUAAAGUCACCAUUUCUACAUGCAUAAAUUAAUGUUAAGUGUUACAAUACUGUAUUCUGUAAUUCUGUAUAGUACCGUGUUGUUGAUGUAAUGUAAUCAACUGACAUAUAUUUACUUCGGUAGUGCUAUGUAUGUACACUUCAAUGAGUAAAUCACAUUAUAUCAAAUCAA